AUGAACAUUCCUCCUUCGUUCCCUCUGCCACAGGCAUCAAACUAUCAAAGCGAUCCAGAAAAGAUGAAUACUGCCAUUUCUUACUUGGAAGUUAAAGCGAUGGAUGCCAAGAAAAUAGUAGAAGAAUUGUUGUAUAUGCUUGAUAUGCAAGAGAAAGUUCCCUGGCCUGAUAUGUUGGAUAAAUUUUCAUCAUUGGCUGCUGCAAUGUCACAGCUUCAGGGAGCUUUAAAGAAAAGUGCUAUUCAAUCAGGUCAUGAAGAUCACGGUGCACUUUUAAGAAGUCACGUGCUUGUACCACAACGAUUGCAGCUUGAGCCAGACCAGCAGCUUCAAGCGCUAACAUCUUACCGCGUUCAUUCCUGGAAUCACGAUGUUGUACCUGACUAUUUACGUACAAAGUUAAAUCCUGAAAUGGAAUCCGAGGAGAUGAUGCUAGAGCAGGACAAGAAUCAGAAAGGCCAAGAUGUGAUCAGCAAACAGAUAACUCAUUUGAAUAAGUACGUCGAUUUAUUGCUACAGAGUUUGCAUUCUUCAGAUCGAGCACACAAUGAAAACUUAGCCGACAAGCCAACAUUUAACAAGGACGAGACUAUUCGGCUAGUUCGCGCGACGAUGAAUUCGCUGAAGAAAAUGAGUGACAUGGUUGCUACCGAAACCCUCGGAGAAGAUGUCCCUGGACCGUCAAGUUCUCGAAGCGACUUUAUGGGAAUAACACUACAAGAGACACCAGUUUGUCAACACCCCGAAAACCGACUAAGCCGAAUAGAGUGUGUCCACCAAUCUCUCCAAGAGUUGUAUGAGGAAUGGGAAGAGAGGAAAAAGGCAUUUUUUGAAGUUAACUAUACAAAUCCGUCCCUUCUUUGCUCUUCGUCGUCAGAUCCCGUCAGUUGUGUUGAAUUAGGCGGCUCCGGAGAGAGACGACUCAUUACGGUUAUAUUGCCUUGGAUGCAAGUAACUGUUUGUUGUGGAUUCGACUAUAGUUUGAGCUCUUUAAAGACCGAUUUAUUUGAAAGUUUGAAGAGAAUGGCAGUGUCACAGUUCUCCAUGAAGCACACGGAUUACGUCUUUCGUGUAUUACGCAGAUCUACCUGUGAAAUUGAGGAACUCUACAAUGAAGAAAUACUACUAUCGAAGAUCGACUUUACGAAACCUUUUCCAAUGUUAUCUUUGUUCGAACCUGAAAGUUUUCGCCAUGAGCGUGACUUGGCUAACGUUAUAGGGCAAGCGCUAGGAUGUCCACUCGAUGAACUGGAAUCAAGGCUUACGGAUGAAUUGAAAGCUUGUCGUGCUGCAUUAUUCAACGAUACUUGUGCUGCUGUUGAUAGCAGAGGAAACGAAGGAUACAGCCACUAUGCAUUCCCAGAGGCAUUGGCUUUGGAUGUGGUUCAAGCUUGUCCACACUCACUCAUUGCAAAAAUAAAAUCUGCAAAUUUGACGUACCAAGUUUUCUUCCGAACAUUCGAAGACGAAAAGAUUGGUGUAGAUCAUGGAGCGGCGAAAGUAGUUGUGGACUUUGUGCCCGAUAUGACACCGACCUCGUUGGUCGCUAAGGUAGUUCGAGACUUGAAGCGUUCAGAACAUAUUAAGGUUGAGGAAGCUGAGAGCGAAUAUUUGCUUCAACUGGUUGGUCAGAAGAGUUUUUUGACGAAGUGCGACAAACUUUUGAUUACUUACAAUGAUGUGCGCUCCGCCUUCGAGAAUUACCGAAACCCGCGAUUCGUAUUGCGGAGAAAGGAAAUCGUACUAGUGGAUUACCCAAAGCCAAGACCUAUACACAAGCCGAACUACGUUCGGGCCGAAGAAAGCCGUCUUGCUAGCCAGAAUGCAAAGGGCAGUAGUACAACACCCGGUGUAACUGGGAAUGAAACUGGUGAAACGUGCAUCACGCUUUGGGACGUGGAUGAAAACCUCUCAAUGCGCCCAUUGAGUUGCAGUAACAUGGGCACUUCUGAUUUGGAUUCCCAGAUCAGCGUCGAAUUUAGCGUUUACUGCGGGAAAACUUCGUUGGUACACAAAGCUUCUGCUAAGGUACCUAGUCACAACCCUCGUUGGGUGGAGGGUAUGAUUCCGUUUGAUUUGUACAUGAAAGAUUUACCACCCGCAGCAGUUCUAACAGUUCAUUUAGUGGAAACUAAAGUCAAGAAGACAAAGUCAGAAGAUCGUGUUCUUGGUUGGGCUAAUAUUCGGCUAAUUGACUGGCGUGGAGAGUUGCUUCAAGGUGUUGUUACUUUAAAUCUAUGGGGUGGAGAGCCUCAAUAUCCUCCACAUGGUCGUGUUGGAAACAACGAUAACAAGCAAGGAUCAAACUGUCGUCUUAUAAUCGAGCUGGCGCGGUAUCGGGCGCCGAAAGUGCGCAUGCCAGAUAGCGCUCAGUUCGCACCUUUCGUUAAAUUCAUCCACUCAAUUCAGAAACCUCCCAAAGCGCUUUCUGAUGACAUCAGCGUCAGGAGAAUACUCAACACACUAAGGAAAAGACUGCUAGGUGGAGUUGUUUCGGCAGAAGAGGAACUUUUCGUCUGGAACCAGAGACAUUUCGUUUCGCAAAAUCUACCAGACGCAUUACUCAUCAUUGCCGAAGCGGGAGAGACGUGGAAAAAGCGAGAACAUUUCACAGAACUUUACGUGAUGCUCGAGAGUUGGGGCCGGCUAACAGUAGGGACAGCUCUGUGCAUUCUCGGAAAGAAGUGUAUGGAUCCUAUCGUUCGUCGCUUUGCUGUCAAUCAGCUAGAUACCUUGCUGGAUAACCAAACUUUUCCACUGUUUAUUCUACCAUUCAUACAAGCAUUAAAAUGCGAGGCUUGGUCGUACUCUCCGUUGUCAUGUUUGCUCCUGAAGAAAGCAUUGUGUGAUUAUCGCAUUGGCCAUAAGUUGUUUUGGCUACUCAGGGCAGAACUGGCCAACCUUAAAGAAUCCGACGGCAGCAUAACAGAGUUGUACAAACGUUUUGCCUUAAUAAUCGAGGCUUAUUUACGGGGAAAUGACGAACAUAUUCGCACAGUUGUUAAACAAGUUGAAAUGGUAGAUCUUCUCCAUAGGUUGAGCGUGUUCAUCAAGGGAUACAAGGAGAAAGACGCUGCAACUGAACGCCUUCGAGAGGAAUUAAGAAACAACUGCCCCAGUUUGGAAAGAAUCGAUUCGCCCCUUGACCCAAAUCACGCACUUGGUCAGCUGAGAAUCGACAAAUGUCGAGUGCUAGGCAGCGCAAAAAUGCCACUUCUUCUUUCUUGGCAGAAUCGUAGCCCGCUAUCGGAAUAUCAUUUACCCUCUUACGAGAUUAUCUUCAAGAAUGGAGAUGAUCUUCGUCAAGAUAUGUUGGUACUACAAGUUCUAGAAGUGAUGGACAGCAUUUGGAAGCGGAAUCAGCUGGACUGUUGCUUAAGUCCCUACCCUGUACUUCCAAUGGGGACGAAAUAUGGCAUGAUCGGUGUGGUUCCGAACUGCUCCACCAUUUUUGAAAUACAAUCCGAAGGUGGAAAAGUUGGUACAGCGGUUAAAUCGCUGGAAACUACAUUUAUCAAUCGAUAUAUCAAAAACCAUGCUGGAUCUACAAAAAAAUAUAUGGAAUGUGUGGAUCGAUUCUUAAUGUCAUGCGUUGGAUACUCUGUCGCUACCUUUAUUAUGGGCAUAAUGGAUCGUCAUAACGACAACAUAAUGAUGACCCACGACGGGAAGCUGUUCCACAUUGAUUUUGGUCACAUAUUAGGCCACGGCAAGACGAAAUUGGGCAUCAAGCGAGACCGUGUACCGUUUGUGCUCACAGAACAUUUUCUCUGUGUCAUUGGACAAGGGAGGCCAGUGUCAAAAGACAGCCACGAAGUUACAAAAUUUAAGAAAUUAUGUUGUGACGCUUACAUGAUGUUAUGGGAAGAACGGGAUCUUUUUCUCUCAUUGUUCACAGUGAUGCAAUCCAUGGAACUUCCCGAGCUGACAACGGAAGCUGAUUUAGAUCACUUGAAAAGUACACUACGAGUUGCUUUCCACAGUGGAAUGACUGCCGAAGCUAAGAACUUCUUUUCGGAGGUGUUCGACGAAGCUUUCAAUGGUUCAUGGGCAACGAAGACCAAUUGCCAAUCAGUGGGAGCACAAAGCAUCAAAUUUGUUGGAUUCAAUGUCCAACAUGCGAAGACUGGAAGCAUACCGAAUGUCAGCAACGACGUGUGCCCUCGCGACGGAGCAGAGUUGCAGAAAAGUGAUGUGUAA